AUGGCAUUCUCACGAGCAGCGAUUGUGCGCAACUUGCGCAACAUUCGAGCACGCCCUCAAUUCAACCAAGUCGCCAGAAGAGCUUAUGCCAGUGGAGGUCAUGGACAGGCAAAGUCCGGUGGUGAUGCCGUCUGGGCUGCCGGAGCAGUAGCCGUUACCAUCCCGUCAUGUUGGUUCCUGAUCUCAAACAAACCAGAACCUGCUCACGACCAUGGAGGACACGGGGAUAGCCAUGCACACGAAGAGCAUGAGGAAGAGACGGAAGAGGAGGUAGAAGAGAAAGAAGAAGACAAGCCAGCCGAGUCCGAAGAGAAGACCGAGGAGAAGGAAGAGUCAAAAGAGUCCGAGAAGACCGAAGAAUCCGACAGUGAUGACGAGGCUAAGGAACAAGACACACCAGCUACUUCCGAUGACGAACAAAUUGUAGGAGAGACUGACAAGAACGUCCGCAAGUCAAUUCCUGAUGCAAAGGGCGGAAACAAAGCUCGAUCAGAGAGUAAGGCUGCCAUCAAGCAAGGCGAGGAUAACUCAGAAGCAAAGGAGGGAGAGCCAUCGGACAAGGCCGCUGCUUCAAAGGAGCCCCAAGGCAAGAACUCUCAAUCUGGCAAACAAGAAGGUCUUUCAAACACCGAUACAAAGCACUCCACCGAUAUUACCAAUGACCCUACCAAGAGUAAAAAGGGUGAAGGUGCUCCCGAGACUGCCAAGGUCAAGGGAACCGUCGACCCAAACCGUCCCCAGCCUGAGGAAGAAUCUGAUUCUUAA